GUUUUCAGGACCACUCCAUGCUACACUCUCCUCCUCCUGCCUCUCGCACACGCACUUUCACAUGCACAUCAGACGGACCUCCACAGCACUGAUCAACAAGCAUGGACGCUCGGCACUCUGCCUGUCUGCUCGCCGGACUUGUGUUCCUCCUUCACGGCUUCGCGGCAUGGGCAGCGGUGGAGGUGAGCAUGGAGGACAGGGUGGAAGUUUUGAAAGGAGAGACAGCUCAGAUCACCUGCAUGUUCACCUCCGAUGACGGCAUCGGGGCUUUGACCAUCCGAUGGUUCUAUGUUUCGAAAACGGGGGAGAAGCACAACAUCUACUAUCAGGACGCAACGACGCAGAUGGUGGAACGAAGCACGUCGUUCACGGAUCGCAUCAUGGUCAACGUCACUAUGGCCACCGGAGAGGUGGUGUUGACCAUCACAGACGUGCAGCUCAAAGACCAGCUCGAGUUCAUCUGUCUCAUCAAGAGUCUGACCGAUGGCGUCUCCGAGGGUCGCACCAAAUUAUUAGUGUUCGAAAGACCAGACUCCCCAACCAUUGAGGGCGUUCAGACGGGCAUCUAUGUCUCUGAAGCCACACCGUCCAAGAUUGGCUCAUGCGAGGUAAAAAAUGGCUUCCCCAAGCCAAACAUUACAUGGUAUCGAAAUAAUGCGCCAAUACAAGGAGAUAGUGACGAGGUGAAGAUCAUGCCCAGCACCACCAUGGAGUCUAGCGGUCUUUUUUCUGUGAGGAGUGAACUGAGUCUGAAGGUGAUGAAGGAGGACAAAGACGCUCAGUUCUACUGCAAGGUCACCUACCUCGUUCCCGGAGGAACCAGAAUGACCGAGACCAACCGCAUUAACAUCACCGUGUACUACCCGUCCACUGCUGUCAACGUGUGGGUGGAGUCACCGAAAGGCAAAAUUAAAGAGGGAGAUUCAAUUAUGUUUCAUUGCUAUGGCAACGGUAAUACACCAUCUUCAGUCUACACCAUCAAGCACGGAGAAAAAGAAUAUACGCUGGAAUCCAACACGCUUAUACUGGAAAACGUGACCCGUCUCCAGAAUGGCUAUUAUGAAUGCAUCUCAAUAGACAUGGAAACCUUUGACGAGCUCUCAGGGAAUACAACAGUGUUUGUUAAUUACUUGGAGCCUGCCGUGGUACUGCCCACCAACAUAGAGAUCGCUCAAGGCGAGGAGUUGACAGCCACCUGCAAUGCCCUUUCUUCUCUACAGACGCACACCGCCUGGUUCAAGAAUGGACGAGAGGUGUCAGUUGGUCACACUUUAAUAGUGAAGGAUGUCACCUUCGACACAGCAGGGGCGUACACGUGUGUGGUAACUGUUCCUGAAAUUAAGGGCAUGGAAGAGAUGAAAACUCUUCGAGUCACUGUAAAAGGCGCACCACAGAUUAUGAAACCAGAACACACAGACCUUGAGGAGAGUGUGGCUAACACAGUGGAACUGACCUGCCACGUGCGAGGGUUCCCAUCUCCCCAAAUUAUUUGGACCACCAAUGACGGAAAGAUCUUGGAGACCACGUCCCAAAACGAGAUGGAGGACGGCGUCCACAGCAUGGUGAGCGUGGAGGUCACAUCCGACCUCACCGCCUUCUGUAAUGCCUCCAACGAAUAUGGCGCAGACGCGCUGGCCUUCAACAUCAAAGCAAUUGUAUACACCACAGCAGCAGCAACUACCACUAGCACAAGCACCAAUCGCACAAGCACUCUUUCCUCUACCACAGUUGUACGCAUCACAGCAGCAGCUACCACCACUAGCACGAGCACUCUUUCCUCUUCCACAGUCCAAGCCGCAACUGCUAUCCCACCAAAGAAAAUCAGGAAAGAGAGCAAUGGCGUAAUCAUUGCAGUCAUCAUCAUCUGCAUCCUGCUGCUGGCUAUCUUGGGAAGCGUGCUCUACUUCCUCUACAAGAAAGGAAAGAUCUGCGGCCGCUCCGGCAAGCAGGACCUCACCAAAGAGAAAUCCAGCAAAGACAACAUUGUGGUUGAAAUGAAGAGCGACAACACAGAGGACGCUGUCCUCCUCGGCGUCAACGGAGAGAAGCUACUGCGCAGUCCCCAGUAACCAACAGUGAGGAGGAAGCCACUGCUGUGACCCGACAACACUCCGAGACCCAUUGAUUGGCUUCCACCGGAGCCUCUUUUUCCUGUCAAUCAAAAGCUGUCUGAGACCCCCAAAAAUAUCACACUGGGCUUGAUUACUUCCCUACACAUGUUUGUUGGAGGGCAACAAUGUUUGAAUGAGGCUGUUAGGCUGUCAGUUUUGUAUGUUGCUGAAUUACCGUUGAGCAGGGACUAUUUUUUAAAAAUUGCCUAACAAUCACUGUAGAGCCACGUGAAGAAGUUCUUCCUCCAGUGUACAUACUAUGCCAUCCGUGUAUAUAUUUGCUUAUUUAAAGUGUAUUCACACUUGAUUUUAUGAAGAGCAGAGACAUCCGUUCUGCAAAAGUCCGUACACUGAAAAUCUUUGCGUACACGUCACAGCUUUCCUUCGAGACAAUUCAAACAUAUUGUUGCCUUUUUCACGCUUCAAUCAAAAAAUUAAAUCAGUAUCUUUGAAUCUCUGUCGCUAACAUUUCGCAGUUCCACUGUAAAUGAUAUAUUUUUGGAAAACUAUUAUAAAUUAUUGUAGAUUUCACAGCAUAGGAUUAACAUCUUGCCUUAGUUUUUGUUCCUUCACAUAAUGAGUAUUGCACGCGUGUGUGUUCAAGCUUUACAAAUGGUAAAAUAUUAUGCCAAAGAGAUGACUGAUUUCUUUGUGGUCGUCAUGCAGUCCCCUUUUGUUUCUUGAAUGUGAAACUUUAUUUUUGCGAUGUGAAUAUAGAGGCUUACAUGGUGACUGCAUUAAGUCGUCCUCUCUGUGAGGAACAGUCGGCUUGUGUAUUAAAUAGUAAACAUGUGUUUAAAUGAAUAUUUUUUGUUGAAUAAGCCAAAGUGAUACAGAAUCUUCCCCGUGGUUUACACGUGAAGCCUUCGGGUCUUACCCAGUAUCUUUAAACAGGGAAUUAAAAAAAAACAACUAAAAUCUUACAUUGUUCCCCCCGCGUCCCCUCAAGGAUGGCUCUUUCACUACAUUUCCUUGGUUGCCAAUAGGGAAAAUUCAUGUUGAGUGAGUUGAUUUUGUUAUUUUGUGUUUUAUUUUUUAUGUGAUGGGAGAAUAGCUCUCGCAAUGAUCCGAAAUUGUGUUUCCACACCAGUAUUUUAUUGAGCAGAAUGCAGCAGCCUGGAAUGGUUGUACUGUAACUACUACCCACAGCCGAUGUUCAUUUGCACUUCUUUAGAUCGCAAACUAUUUGGCAGCCAAGUGGUGAACUCCAGGCAUGAUUGAUUCCAAUCCAUUCAUUGUGUGAUUGAAACAAUGUGAUCGCACUACUGAGCAGGGUAAACAACUCAUUCUGUCCACAUAAAAAACAAAAGAAAUUAAGACAAGAGCUGAAUGAUUUGUUCCAAAAUAAAUGUGUGCAACACAAUUGGCAUUUAUGCAUUGAAUUGUGAAAGUAUUGCAUCAAUAUGACUUGCUCUGAUUUGAUUUGUUCAGAUGUUUUAUGGCAUUUUGACAUCAUCCGUGAAGUCCUGGUAUGGAGAUCACAAUAGGGUAUAUUACGACUUGUGCAGUCUUGUUGAUGAAAGUCAGUUUGUUCAAUUAGUUGGGAAACAAUUUUGAGGAUUCGUUUUUAAACUAAAAUCGGCAUGCUGAUUCUAAAAUUGCUGUCAGUUUUUAUUCUAGCACGUCAAGAUUUUUCUUCACAUUUUACCAGAUAAGCCGCUACGGCACUGAUUAGCUGUACUAAGACUCACCAACUUAUGAUGAUCGUACUUCUCUACAACUACAGGUCAAAUUGUUUGUGUAGUCACAAUUGAGAGAGUGUGGUGAGACGUGUGUGCAGCUCCCAGUAGGUUAGUGCAAUCAAUAUCUGAAAACAGAGAGCUGGCAUGGUCGGAAUUAAGAGGAUUAAUGCUGGCUAUUUAAACCUUGUAAUCAGAACAUACCGCUGUAAAUUCUAUUUUGUGCUGUUUUUUUUGGGUUCAUUUUCAAAGCUUGUAACUCUUCCGCAUCUUAAUGUUUUAUUUACAUACACCCACACUAUUUAUUUAUUUAAAAUGGGGAUCCUAUAACUCAGAAACUUGAUGUGCGACAGAAAAACUGACAUCAGUUUUGGUUUCAGAACCCAAAAAUUAAAAAGAAAAACAAAAAGCUGUCAGACCUAAAAUUGUGUUCCCGAAUGUUAUGUUUGCCCUUUAAAACUCGAUGACACAUUAAAUGUAAAGGGAUGCCUUUUGAAAUCAUUUUUUAAAAAUUCUAUUGAAUAAAAAAAUUUCUGAAAAGAGUGA